UUAUCAUCCAAUUUUUUUUUAAUUAUAUGUUUUAUAUUAUAAUAGUGCUUCAAAUAUAACUGUGCGAUAAAGGAUAGAAGUUUGGAUCCUAAAAAUCUACACGGUGACCAUAAAGUUAAUGUAGUGUUGCAAUCUAAUUUGCAUGCGACGUCAUUGUACCGUGCGAAACUUUUCUCAAUUGCCAAGUAGAAGUACGAGCCUACUGCAAGUACCACAGACGAAGCGCGUCCUAGCAAACAUCUUGUGGAUUCGGCCCCGUACCAAGGCUGGUCCGCUAAGGCUAUUUAUAAAGGCAUGUGAACCCUCCAUUGUACUAUUCUGGGAACUCACUUACUACGCAGCAGUCGUAUAGAUCCCAGUAAUUUUUCCAUAGUACAGUUUUCAUAAUGUCUCAGUAUUAUUGUGUGUUGUUUGCUAUUGUGUACGGAUGUGUUCAGGCGAGACCUAAGAUCGGCCCCGUGUUUAACCAAGUGUUUGAACCAGGUCUAGAAUAUUAUGAUGACCGUCCCAGAUACUCAUUCAACUAUGGCGUGGCGGACCAUUCUACUGGUGACAUCAAAUCGCAGCACGAAACCAGAGAAGGCGAGGUCGUCAAAGGUCAAUAUUCACUGGUAGAGCCCGACGGUUCGAUCCGUACAGUGGACUACACAGCUGAUCCAGUCCACGGCUUCAAUGCUGUGGUGUCUAAAGUUGGGCCCAGCGUACACCCGACACCUAAGCCGCUGCCGCCAAUACAACCUGCGGUCAUACAGUACGUGCGUAACCCUGUGCCGGUGCCUGUACAGAUACCUAAGCAGCCUUUCAUACCUGAAGCUCUGCCGCAGCAGGUCUUCCCUUCACCGUCUCCAUUCUUGUACCCCAAGGUUGGAGUGCAGUUUCCCGAGUACGACUUCGAAUUUGAUGGGCCUUCGAACGAUUUCUACAAACGCUAGAGUUUAUAAGAUCUUAUUUGACCUUGCCUAAAUGUACAAUUUGUAUAUUAAUAUGAAUUAAAAUAGUGAAAAUAUUUUACGAAUUAGCCGUUUUAAAGGUUGUUUUGUAAGCAGAAAUAAUGGAAAAGUUGUGAGUAAAAAUAAUUAUGUAGAAACUAUCUAUAUUUAUAAUUAUAUACAAACAUAAACUACUAAAGUUAUAUUUUAGCUCUA